AUGAGGUGGUGUCUUACGUUAUUUAUCUGCUGCUUCUUGGCUGCGGUAAAUGCACUGAGCAGCUCUGGCAGUCGUCUACUUGCCGUUUUGGAAGAUACAGAACAGAAGGACCUAUACUCUACGUUGUGGGCAGAUUUAGAAGCACGGGGAUAUGAUGUCUCCUUUGAAUCCCCCAAAAGUGACCAGCUUGCGCUAUUCAAGCACGGCGAAAGAGCUUACGACCACCUCCUGAUCCUCCCUCCCAAGUCCAAAGGUCUCGGUCCCUCAUUGACCCCUAAGCACAUCCUCGACUUCAUGAACAAGGAUGGCAACAUCCUCCUCGCCCUCUCCGGCAAGUCUGCCACCUCCAGCUCCAUCAGCUCCCUUCUCCUCGAACUCGAUAUCCACCUCUCUACCGACCGUUCUCACGUUGUCGUUGACCAUUUCAACUACGAUACCCUCUCGGCCGCUGAGAAGCACGAUGUCCUCGUCGUCCAGCGCCCUGGACCCCUCCGCCCUGACGUCAAGGCCUUCUUCGACGGCGAAGGUGUCUUGGCCCUUCCCCGAGUCGCUCCCCAUACACUCGGAUACGACAGUGUCCUCCUCUCGCCGAUUCUCAAAUCCCCGGCUACCGCCUACAGCUACAACCCGAAGGAGGGCACGCCCGCGCCGGAGGAUAUCCUAGCUACGGGCUCGCAGCUGAACCUCGUGUCCGCUAUGCAGGCACGCAACUCCGCCCGCUUCACCGUUCUUGGAUCUGUCGAGGCUUUGGAGGACCAGUGGUUCUCCGCUGAGGUUAAGACACCCAACGGCAAGAAGACUCCCACUGUAAACCGCGAGUUCGCUAAGCAGUUGACUGCUUGGGCUUUUAAGGAGACUGGUGUGUUGAAGGUCGACAAGGUCGAGCAUCGCCUGGCCACGGAGGGCGCGGAGCUGAACCCGUCGAUCUACCGUAUCAAGAACGAGACAGUCUACAACAUCGAAAUCUCCGAGUAUGUCUACGACAAGUGGGUUCCCUUCGAGGUUCCUGGCGACGACGAGCUCCAGCUCGAGUUCACCAUGCUCUCGCCCUUCCACCGCCUCAACCUGCAGCCCAUCCACCGCACCGAUACCAGCACUGUGUUCAGCGCUCAAUUUGUGACUCCCGAUCAACACGGUAUCUUCUCUUUCCGCGUCAACUACAAGCGUCCCUUCUUCACCGCCAUCGAGGAGAACCACGAGGUCACUGUCCGCCACUUCGCUCAUGACGAGUACCCGCGCAGCUGGGCUAUUACUGGUGGUUGGGUAUGGAUUGCCGGUCUGUGGUCGGUUAUCGGUGGUUUCUUGGCUUUUGUGGUUGUCUGGCUCUACUCUGCCCCUGUGGUUGAUAAGCUUAAGAAGAGUCAGUAG